ACAUAAUAACUAUUAAUUUAUAACGAAAUAUUGAAAAAAAGAUUUAAUUUUUAAUCCAAUAUCUAACUAAAAUUUGAAAGAAGAGAUUAUUAUUUAUUUUUUAAACAAGUUUAGAUAGAUCAAAUGUCAACAACAGGUACAGCAGCAGCGGCUGGACCAAAAAAAUCAAAUAGGUCUUCACAAAAUAGUUUACCUAAAGAAGUUCCAAAAAAUAUACUACCUUAGGAGCAAACAUUUGCCCCAAAAGAAAACGAUCAUCAAAUUUAGAAUGAAAAUGCAUAAAAUGUUAUUGCUCAAGAAGAAAAUAAGGGCUAAGAAAAUUAAGUAUAAGAUUAAAGGGAUAAACCAAUUACUAUACCAAUACAGGACUUAAAUUAGCUAAGACUUCAAAAAAAGGCUAUACAAUAGUAGAAUCAGAUAAUAGAUCAGUAAAUGUAAUAAAGAUAGCAGAAAGGAAAUUUAAAUAAUCCAAAUACUGAAGAGGAGCUUAAGAUAGUUGAAUAAAAGUUAAUGUAAAUGAAGCAAAAGCAAUAAAUUAAUAAUCUUCUUUCGCCUAAUUCUAAUACGAAUAUUACCUCUAAUUUAAAUGAUUUACCAUAGAUUAAUGGCCAAAAUGCAGGAUAGUUCAACAAAAAAAAUUUAUAAAUGAUCUAAAUUAGAUAAAAGUUUUUGAAUCUACUUGGUAAGCUCAUUGACCUUCAAACGAGGGAUAUUGCAAAUUAGUAGCUUUAAGAUAUGAUAUUGAAUAAUUUCUCACCUGAAUAUUUAAGAGUUUGGAUCUCUGCGCUAGGCGAAUAUCACACACGUCCAGCAAACUUCAGCUCAUCAGAGACAGAAAUUCUUCUCAUAGGCCAUAUAGCAUCUGUGUACAAGGAGAAGCUAUUAGAUCCUAUUGAUCGUCCUCCCUCAGUUGUAAAAGCUAGCUACAAAUUAUGUGAAAUGAUUUAAAGAUACUUUUAUGCGAAAUAAAUAAACGAAAGUAUUUAAAAAGCUUGUUCUGAGAGUUGGUGCUAAAUAUAUUAAAAUUGUUUAAAAAAUUAAUCUUUACAAAAUAAAGAGAUAGUGCUCUACACUACUCUAAAGAAUAUAAUCAACGGAGGUGGCGAUAGAGUCGCUUAAACAACUUCUGUUUUUGUACUUGAUUAACUUCUUUUAAAAUUAGCCGAGAAUUAUGAAGAAGAGCUAAUAUUAUCUAUUGCCAAAAGUUUUCUACCAUAAAUAUUCACUAGAAGUGGAAUAGAUAGUCCUUCUAUAUACAAAAGCUGUAAACACAUAAUAUAAACUUUACAUAUAAAGAAUCUUAUUAUCUACACUUCAAUCGUGAUAGAAAAGUGCAUGUAAUAAUUGAACGAUAGGAAAACACAAUAUAAAAUAAAAAUUGCUGUAUGUGAAUUAUUGGAGUUGAUUGCUAUUUAAUUUUAAGAAAUGACUGAAAAUAUCGUUGGUAGUUAUCAUGAAUAAGUUAUUCCUGUGCUUUAAACUGCAACAAGAGAUAGAAUUCUUUAAGUAUAAAGUUCCGCCAAACAAGCUCUACAGCAGUGGAUCAAGUUUUAGAAUUAGUUUGAAAAUUUAGAGCAGUUUAAAUUGCACAAAUAGUAAAAAUUGACUAAAAAUAUUGACGUAGAUGAGCUGAUAUAGUAAAAAACUGGUGCUGAAGUAAAUGCAAAAUAAGCUAAAGAUUUUAAAACACAAUCUGAUAAUUAAUUCUAUAGACCUCAUCAUAAAGAUGAUAGACCUACUUCGUCAAAUGUUUUUAAUAAGCAACCAGCUUGGGUGCAAGAAACAAGAUCAAAAGACUUUAUUAAGAAGAAAACUGGUACUGGAGGAGGAUGUCUUCUUAUAAAUGCAGACAAUAUGAAAAAACCUUAAGCUAGCUACGAAAAUUAAAGAAAUAUUUUAAAAGAAUAAAUUUUCGGAAAUAAAUCGGGAAAUUAUUACUUUAAUAAGAAUCCGAACAUUCCUCCUGAUUAACUAUUAGAUAUCUAAAUGGGAUAGUAAUAAGAAUUAUUUUCAAAUCAAAUAUACAAUUCGUAAGAUAGAAUAGAAAAUAGUAUCCUUCAAAAGAAUAAUAAACAAAGGUAGCAAUUAAAUGAAUCUGAAAUAGCAAAUAAUCCAAAUAUUAUUCCUCCUAUGUCUCACCAAAAAGAAAAUAGUUAUGAUAUUGAUACCGAGAGAUUCUUAGAUAAUGAUGAGUUGGCUGAAACACUAGAUUACAAUGGUUAAAAAGAAAGAUAAGCCCUCAAACAAAAGAAGGGCAACUUGAAUAACCCAAUAAAAUAAAAUUAAUAAGUUAGAUAUGACAUAUAAGAAAUCUAAGUAGAACAUAUUAAAAAGAAUGAAAUCAGAGAAUAAAACAUACAACUAUCUGACAUGUGGAAUGAAACCUUAGAAUAUGCAGACAGUGGUUAAUAUGAAAAAGCAUUUUCAUCAGUUUUGUAGUCAGGUGAUGAUAUAUAUUUAAUAAGACUCAUGCUGAGAAAUAAAAAUGGAUUUAAGCAUUUGCAGAGAGCAACAUAAUUAUAAAUUAUCAAAAAAAUUAUACAAUUUAUGCAAAGCAAUUUCCUUGCAAAGUUGUGCUUGGGAUUCUUUUAGGAUAGUGUAGACUGUGGAUUAACUAAGUAUUUAAUUGAUGGAGAGUAGCAGUAGAUAUUAGAAAUUUUAUAUGAGAUGAGUGAUAUCAAAUCAGAUAUAGGACCUUAAGCUUCAGAAUUAUUUGUAUUGUACUAAUCUCUAUUUAGAUCAUAAAAUUUAAAUUAAAACUAAUAAAAUUACAAUCAAAAAUCUCCUUAUUGA